UUGAGAGUUAUCUAUUCUUCUAAGAGCACCUUUUUAGGAUUGAGAUCAAAGUAUUCUGUUUUUUGUCUUAAUCAAAAUGCAUUAUUGACAUUUCUUAUUCCUCGUAUGAUAAGAAUUUAUAAUAAACUUAGAAAACUCUCAAACUAAUUGUCCUUUAUUUACUGAAAUAAUUGUAUUAAUUUAUCUGUAAAAUGACUUUAAAAAUCUUGUAUCAAGGUCUCUCUUAAUUUGUUGCAUUUAUAUAAAUAAAUUAUUGAGAAAUUCUAUGGUGCAGUUGCCAAUUUGACUUCAGUGGUGAAGUCACUGCCUGACCAAUCAGAAUUAAGCCCUAAGCCCUAAUAGUGCCACAUAGGACUGAAGCAUUAAAUGAUUCUUAUUGUCACUUACUGUGGUAAUUUUAUAGUUUGUAUAUUGCAACUUAGUCCCUAACAUAUUAAUAUUGUUUUUAAAAUGUAAUGUUUAUAAAAAUAUCAAUUAAAAUAAAAUAAAUUAUAUCCACAUCUUCCUCACUUCAUCAUCACCGUAUUUACUUUCUCUUUUCACACUGAAACACAGAAAUCCCCCACCUCAAGAACCCUAAUCCCUAAUCGCCAUCAUCUCACAGCGUAAUUCUCGAAUUCCACAUCCACCGUCAAUGAUUCCUCACAAUCCAAACCACCUCCACCCUCUGAUUCCACCACUCAUCACAACCCGAACCGCCACCAAUCCAUCAAUUCCCAAAUCACUGCCACCGUCCCAUUCCGCCAUCAAUUGUCCUCGACUUGAUUCAGUACAUAUUGUAUGGAGUGAACCCGAUCCUCCAUCAGAAAGUCUUCUAAAAUUUCUGCACCAAGCUGUAAAAUCCAAGUGUAGAGACGGAUAAUAUGUGAAGCUGAGGUUUGAUAUCAACAAAGAAGACAGUUUGAACAACAGAUUUAAAGAAAUUACAGAUUUGGAGACUGAUGUUGUCUUUUCUAUUGACGAUGAUGUCAUAUUUCCUUGCUCUUCGGUUGAAUUUGCAUUUGAUGUUUGGCAAAGUGCGCCAGAUGCAAUGGUGGGGUUUGUACCUCGUGUACAUUGGGUGGAUUCAUUGGUAUGGUUUUUUUUUUACUUGAUGAUUGUCCAUUAUCCUUUAUAAUUUGGUUGCUCGAUAUUUCUUUUACGCCGCUGCUUUGUAUAUCACAUGUGUAAUUUUGUUUCUAAAGCUGACCCUCAUCGUAAUCUGGGGGGACAUAAGCUACUAGUCAUGUUUGAUGCAUCUUUAAACCUGAUGUGAACUUACGAUUAAUGUCUGUUAGGUUUGGUAUAUCUUUUUUUCCAUGAUUAGUUCAGAGAGAUGAAAAAUAUCCAAAAAAACUCGUAAGUCUAAUCUUUUAAGUUAUUCAAUGUUCUUGGAGAAUGGUGAAGACAACAAGUUUAGAUAUGGUGGAUGGUGGUUUGUGUGGUGGACGGGUACAUAUAGCAUGGUGCUCUCCAAGGCAGCAUUCUUUCACAAAAAGUAUUUCAGUCUCUACACAAAUGAGAUGCCAUCAUCGAUUUGAGAAUAUGUAACUAAGAACAGGAAUUGUGAAGAUAUUGCAAUGUCUUUUCUUGUCGCAAAUGCAAUUGGUGCACCCCCUUUAUGGGUUAAAGGCAAAAUAUAUGAGAUUGGAUUGACAGGAAUUAAUAGUUUGGGAGGUCAUAGUAUACGAAGAUCAGAGUGUGUCAACAUAUUUACCGCCGAGUUUGGGCGGAUGCCCUUGGUAUAUACUUCACGAACAACCAACACCGUCCAUGAAACACCGCCGCCGUCCAUCGUCCACCAUUCAACCAUGAACCACCACCGAUGAUACAUCACUUCCACUAGGAAAAAACAUCCUCUUGGAGAGUGCAGUCUACUACUAGUCUACAAAUGUUAAAUGAACUGAUUUUGCAGAGUGUAUACAUGGAGAAUUUUGUAAAGCUUGAUGUUCUGGACUGGGCCAAGGUUAGGCCCAAUAUGAUUUUCGGCCCAAUAAACCUCAGAGGCCCACGUUCCUCUACGACCCUCCUACGCACCUAGGAUGUCCACCUUAGGCAUGCUCGGCUGCCCUAUAUCCCCGGAGCAUAUGGCACCCGACAUGCUCGGCUCUAACGACCCCGCAAACACCUUCGUUGCCGAGGACUCUGCUCCACACAGGGUUCCUUCAUAUUCAACCCUCCGAACAACUCGGAUUCCACGUGGCUCUCGAAAGACCGCGUCUCCCUGGAACUUCGGAGCGGUUAACCAGGACAGAGGGCAUACACGCACCUCCGAUAUUUCCGCUCAGGAAACCUGGCAGUCUCCUAGUUGGGCUUGGGGAUCCAACCCAAUAGCGAGAUCAUGGCCCAGCGCUGGGGGCUAUAUAUACCCUCUUUGAUUAGAGGGUCAGGUAUUCAAUUCUCUUCUAACCUUAGCUAGUACUUGCUCUCCUUUGCUCUUCUACUUACUUUGGCAUCGGAGUACCUUGCAGGUACACCCCCCCUCUCACUUCACGAAGACCCAGCAUCCGCGCAGGCCUUGACGACCCUUCUGAUCAGGUACGAUCAGUGGCGCCGUCUGUGGGAAACAAGCUCCCCCUUCUUUAAAAAAAAAACAAAGAUCAAAGCUAAUCCAUCCUUCGAUCGUCAUGGCCGGCAACAACAACAACACUGUCCUCGUCCCAACCCCCGAUCCUUUCCGUCUCACGGAAAUGAUCGAGGAAUCCAACCCGGCUCUACAUCGACGGGGAGGACGACGGCGCUCUGCUGAAGGGAAUGGGAGGUCAGGUCAUGAGACCCCCCAAUCCAUCAGAAGACCACCGCCUCAGCACGUCGAGCAGGCUCAGAAUGACGAGGCCGAGCAGCUCCAACCUCAGAACAACGGAGAGGAAACAGCUCGGAACGAUCGGAACGCCGAGUUGAUCCCAACCCAGCCUGAACAACCGCUGACUCGCGUCCACCACGAGACUGACCACAGGGACGGGCAGACUGCCUCCUCCUCCACCCAUUCCCUUGAGAGACCGAGAACUCACCAUCGGCAAACUCGGGAUGCUACAGAUGCCCGUGGGGAAACCGACCCCUCAACCCUCGUCAUCCUCAAAGAGUUGCAGCGGACCAACCGCCUCAUCCGACUCCAGGGCGAACGGAUUGAGAAACUGGAGAAGAGGCAUCGUCACCGCUCUCCCCCGCGGAGGCACCGUCGAUCGCGUUCCUCCUCUUCGCGCUCCCCGCCUAGGAGGAUUCGCCGACGCUCACCAUCCUCCUCUCGAUCUCGACCGAAAAGAUCCCGCCGCCAGAGGUCCUACUCGCGCUCCCCUCUGCGAAAGAGCAGGAAAAAUCGGAGGCCUGAGCCCGCAGAGGAGGAGAGCCCUUCUCCCGACAGAGAGGAAAGAAGGCUCGCCAGGAAAGGGAGGAAACCUCGCAAGGAGGAACCCGCCCGGCGUAACACACGCUCGAUCUCUCCGAGUGCCAGCGACGAGGAGGAAUUCCGCAGCCCCUUAUCUGAAAGCAUUAGAAGGGCCCGCCUUCCCCGGGGAAUGGAAAAACCCCCGACUUUGGAUGCGUACGACCGGACUACAGAUUCCGACGAUCACAUCAGAAACCUGGAGGCCGUCAUGGAGUAUCACGUCGUCCACGGCUCCAUCAAAUGUCGGAUCUUCCCGACCACGCUCCGGAAAGGGGCAAUGACCUGGUACAGGAAUCUCCCUCCUAACUCCAUCACGUCUUGGGCCGAGCUCAAGGAACUCUUUUCUGAGUCACUUCACUGCUUCCCGCCGUCAACCGAAAUCAGAGGCAAACCUCGAAGCUGUAGUCCAAGGGACCAACGAGCCUCUCCGAGACUACCUCGACAGAUUCAACAAGGAGGCCGUCCAAGUGGAGACGACCGACUACAUGAAAAGGUAUCUCCUCGAGCGAGGGCUCCUCCCCGGCAGCGAAUUCAGGAAAGCGAUAAAGAUCGAAAAAAUGCGAUCUAUGAACGCCAUCUUGAAAAGGGCGCAGGCUUUCAUCUCCUUCGAGGAGGGCGAAGCGGCCGCAGUCAAAGCAUCAAGGGGAAAUGGCGUUACUCGGAGCUCGAGCCAAGACCCGUCCGCCGCGCCCCGAGCAAACGAGAGAAAGAGGGACGACAGUUCCCGCGACACAAAGGAGCGCAGAGGGCCAGCAGGGCGCUUCAACAACUAUACCCCCUUGAAAGUUUCACGGGAGAAGAUCCUGGCCGAGUGCAUAAACGCCGAAUUCAGAAACUCCAACAUCAGGCCCCCAAAGCCGAAUCCCUCCCGGUCGGGGACCGACAAGUCCAAAUACUGCAAGUAUCACAAGAGCCACGGGCACCUGACGGAUGAGUGCAUACACCUGAAGGACGCCAUCGAGACACUGAUCAAAGAGGGUCACCUUUCUAAGUACACAAAGAGAGGAGACCCUCCCAGAAGGAAUGACCGUCGGAGCUCCGACGAGGGCAACUCCCCGAAUGCCAGGCCGCUGCAGGUGGCGUUAUCCGUCACCCGACCAGAAGACUUCAUACCCUCGGUCGGAGUGACAUCUGCCCUCAGUGUCUGGGAAGGGUUCCCGACAGCAAUGCUGAUAUCCAACGGCGGGGACCCUGGCUCCCUCACAAUCGGCUCCGUGAAAAGGAAGUUCGACGAGUUGAUCAGCGCCACCACGGACCUGACCCCGACCCUGAGGAGGUUCAAAGGGAGGUCAGAGCCGAUCACUUUCUACUUGGAGGAGCUACCCGGCGGCGCCCCGAACGCCACAAUCCCACUGCUCGUGCGAGCAAGGAUGGCGAACUUCGACGUCCGACGGGUCCUGGUCGACGAGGGAAGCUCGGUCGACAUCAUGUACUCCCACCUCUUCCAAACCCUACAGCUGGACGACUCACAUCUCACUCCUUACAUGGGAUCCGACCUCCAAGGAUUCAACGGAACAACCACAAAGCCGUGGGGUUACGUCGAACUGCUCGUCUCCUUCGGGGAGGGGGAAGCUUCCAGGCAAGUCAAGACACGGUUCUUGGUGAUAAACUGCAAGACCCUCUACAACUGCAUCAUCGGGCGCCCCACUUUGGCCGAACUCACUGCCGUUCCCUCAACCGUUCAUCUGAAGAUGAAGUUCUAUACGAAGAGGGGACGAGUAGUCACUGUCAAUGCCGACAUCGAAGCUGCUAGGAGGAUAUUCGACGCAUCGGUAAAGGGACUGGAGCUAAUCGCCCCACCCUCCAGCUCCAACAAAAAACCAAGGGCUGAAGAUAAAUCCCCUCCUGAAGAUCGGCAGACGACCACAGACGUCAGCUCAGUCGACCUCGACGCUCGGUUCACAGAAGAAGAGUUAAAGAACGGCGAAGAGCCACAACCGAAGACAGCUCACCCUAUCCGGCCCAUUCCAGACGGGGAUUUCGAGCUCAUUCCUCUGGGUGACAACCCCGACAAGGCUGUGAAGAUCGGCAAGGACAUCCCGGAUACACCGAGGAAGCAGCUCAUAGCUUGCCUGAGGAACAACGCCGACUUGUUCGCCUGGAGCGCAGCAGAGAUGCCCGGACUCGACCCUGAGGUCGCCUGCCACACGCUCUCCAUCAAUCCGACCGCAAAAGCAGUAGUUCAACGUAGGCGUCGGCAGUCUCCCGAGAAAGCGGAGGCUGCCGAGAAAGCUGUAAAAGACCUUCUAGAGGCAAAUUUUAUUUCCGAGGCCAAGUAUUCAACUUGGCUCUCAAACGUUGUACUAGUCAAAAAAUCUAAUGGAAAAUGGAGAAUGUGUGUUGAUUAUACUGAUGUUAACCGGGCAUGCCCCAAAGAUGCAUACCCAUUACCUAAUAUUGAUAGGCUGGUCGACAACUCGGCCGGCUAUAAAUUAUUGUCGUUUAUGGAUGCUUAUUCAGGAUACAAUCAAAUCCCCAUGGCGAGAUGCGACAAGCAGUGCACGGCGUUCAUGACCGAGUCGGGCAAUUAUUACUACAACGUAAUGCCCUUCGGACUCAAGAACGCCGGAGCCACAUACCAACGGAUGAUGAACAAGGUUUUCCGAGGAGAGAUCGGCGACACCCUCGAGGUAUACAUGGACGACAUGAUCGUCAAAUCUCGAGAAGAUGCCGACCACACGGCACAUCUUGAACGGGUGUUCGAGCAGGCCAGAUCCUGCAAGAUGCGUUUUAACCCAGAGAAGUGCACCUUCGGGGUACGGGCGGGCAAGUUCCUCGGAUUCUACCUAACCGAGCGAGGAAUAGAAGCCAACCCGGAUAAAUGCCAAGCGUUCUCGGAACUUCCUACCCCUAACAAUAAAAAAUCUAUCCAAGUACUAAACGGAAUGCUCACAGCACUAUCCCGCUUCGUCGCAAAAUCCGCCCAGCAUGCCCUCCCCUUUUUUAAGUUGCUUCGGAAAGAAGCGACCUUCGAAUGGUCCGAGGAGUGCGAACGGGCAUUAUCUCAUCUCAAACAGGUACUUUCCAAACCACCCGUCCUCUCCCGACCAGAUGGCAACGAGAUCCUAUAUCUCUACCUGGUUGUCUCAAACGAGGCGGCCAGCGCGGCCUUAAUCCGAGAAACAGAAGACGGACAGAAGCCCGUAUACUUCACGAGCAAAGCCCUACAAGGGCCCGAGGUGCGAUAUCAGCAGAUAGAGAAAGUCGCGUUGGCCCUAAUAACGGCCGCCAGGAGGCUGAGAUACUAUUUCCUCGCCCAUACCAUUGUCGUUCGGACAGACCAACCCAUCAAGCAACUCCUCAGCCGACCAGACAUGGCCGGGAGGAUGCUAAGAUGGUCCCUCGAGCUAUCCGAAUUCGAUAUCCAAUACGAGGGAAGAAAGGCGCUUAAAGCUCAGGCGCUCGCCGAUUUCAUUGCCGAGAUGACCUCAAUUUCUAGCUUCCCGGCUCCCGCCGAAAACAAAUGGACCAUCUACGUAGAUGGAGCCUCGAGCAACUCGGGAAGCGGAGCCGGAAUAAUCCUAGAAAACGACGAGGGGCUCGUCAUCGAAGUAUCCCUGGUCUUAUCCUUCACCACGUCAAACAACCAGGCCGAAUACGAGGCUCUCCUGGCAGGCCUGCGCCUCGCCGAGGACGUAGGUGCUCGCGAAGUCAUGAUCUAUACUGACUCCCAGCUCGUCGCAUCCCAAGUCAGCGGCGAUUACCAAGCCAAAAACGACAUACUAGCCGAAUACCUCAUGCUCGUCAAAGAAAAAAUGAAAAGAUUCGCCAAAGCGGAGGUCGAGCAUAUUCCCCGGGAACAUAACUCACGCGCCGACAUAUUAUCCAAACUCGCCAGCACAAGGAAAAAGGGUGGAAACAAGUCGGUGAUCCAGGAAAUCCUGUCCAAGCCGAGCAUAGACAAAAGCGCCCAAACUCCACAAGUAUUCGCUAUCGGGGACGACCACUGCUGGAUGACCCCGGUAUACAACUUCCUCACGAAAGACGAACUUCCCGCCGACCCAAAGGAAGCUUCAGCCAUUAAAAGGCGAGCCUGCUCGUACACUAUCAUCGAAAACAAAUUAUACCGACGAGGCUUCUCCAUUCCUCUCCUUAAAUGUGUCGACGCCUCCCAAGCGCUCGAAAUACUCCAAGAGCUUCACGAAGGGAUCAACGGUCAACACCUCGGCGGCCGAUCACUAGCGAGGAAGGCCCUCAGGGCCGGCUACUAUUGGCCGACCAUGCAACAAGACGCCAAAGAACAUGUCCGUAAAUGCGAUAAAUGCCAGCGUCAUGCCGACAUGCACUUGGCUCCCCCCAACGAACUUAAAUCUCUAUCAUCACCUUGGCCCUUCUCCACCUGGGGAAUGGACCUCCUCGGACCAUUCCCGGUCGGCUCGUACCAAAAUAAAUAUCUCGUGGUAGCCGUCGAUUACUUCACGAAAUGGAUAGAAGCCGAGCCGCUUGCCAAGAUCACGUCUCAAAACGUGCUCCGUUUCUACAAACGAAACAUACUCGCCCGGUUCGGGGUUCCUCAGGCCAUAAUCACCGACAAUGGCACCCAGUUCACUGACAAAAAAUUCCAAGAGUUUGUGGCCAAGCUCGGCACGAAGCAACACUUCACCUCAGUCGAGCACCCUCAGAUGAACGGGCAAGCCGAGGCAGCCAACCGAGUCAUCCUCCGAGGACUAAAGAGAAGACUCGACGAAGCCAAAAAAGCUUGGGUCGAAGAACUACAUAGUGUACUUUGGGCGUAUAGGACAACCCCCCACUCGAGCACGGGCGAAACUCCGUUCAGGCUAACCUACGGUACCGAAGCCGUGAUCCCCGUGGAAAUCCGAGAACCUUCUCGGCGCACCGAGUCACCCCUCGAAGAGGAGCUCAACGACGAGGCUAUGAGAGAGGAGCUUGACAUGGUCGAGGAGAUCCGCACAGGAUCUUCCCUCCGAGAAGCAAAAUUAAAACAACAAAUAGCUCUCCGCUACAACACCAAAGUUAUCAAGCGCGGAUUCGAAGUCGGCGCCCUAGUGCACCGCAGAAAUAUGAAGGAUUCGCGCGACGGCAAACUAGCCCCAAACUGGGAAGGCCCGUACCGAGUUUACGAUAAAACAGAGAACGACGCCUACUACCUCGAGGAUCUCCUCGGAGUAAAACUUGCUCGGCCCUGGAACGCUGAAAAACUCAGACCUUACUACAGUUAGACCCGACCUAACAUCCCCGAACGCCUGUAUCCAACACGGGUGCUAACCGGGUAUGGACCCGCGUCGUAGGUACGAACGCGAGAACUCCACGACAGCAACGGUCGGAUACUACCACAAAAUGGGAGAACCGACCACACGGAAGACUCUACACCUAGACCCUCCGUGGAAGUACCUGCAUGGCAGAACCCUAGCUCGCGAUGGGACCGUUCACGCCGCGAGGACUUGGCCAUGAUCAUGGACUCGUACUCGCUAACAGCGCACACCUGCUCUGCGCACCCGGGCCGUACUCAACACGCCCGGGCAAUCAAUCUAGGCCGAGCAUAAUCCACAAAACCGAUAAUAUCACAAGUAUAUAAGUAACUCUCCGGCGUAUCCGAGCGUAAGUCAUCAGUUACCUAAAACAAUCGAAAAAUAUUCUAAGUAUGGAGGAAAUACCUCGUUAUACGAGCACAACAGGAAAGUUAUUAAAACACGAGCAUACAACGAUAACACUGAAGGUGCAGAUAAACAGAUAUAAGCAAGCAAAAUUAUAAAACAUUAAAAUUGCCGACCAACGUGGUCGACGAUGUCCAAAGGUUACAAUCAAAAUGCCUGGCACGCAGGCCCCCAAAGUAAUUCGGGCAUUACCCAACAAAAUAUAAAAUGGCGCGCAGGCCGAAGAAGACAGGCACGCAGGCUUAAGGACACACUAUCUACUCUUCACUCCCAGGAGACUCGGGCACUAACACGCCGUCCACAAUCUUCGAAGAAAGCCCAAUAUUAUCCUCCUUCAGGCCAGGGUUUAGAAGUUUCAGCUGACGAACUGCACGCUCGAAGCCGACUUCGGCCAUGUCAGCAAGGCUUAUUUUCAGGCUAUCUAUCCUCUCCACGAACUCCGCCCUAGACUGCAAAGCAGCCACGUCCGGCGACUCGUCAGCCGAGGGAGCCCACUCAAGCCGAAGGUCGGCGAGCUUUUUCUUCUCCGCCGCAAUCUCCCCGUCCUUCUGCUUGAGAACCGCAUCGAUCUUUCUCUUCAACUCCUUGCGAUCAGUCUCCAGGGUCUUCACCCUGUCCUCGGCAGUCUUCUUCGCCGCCUCCGCCUCCUUCAGGGCCUCGGUCGAGCCCGAGCCACCAUUAGCUAACAUCUGGGCCAUCCCCAAAACCCUCAUCACGGCGGCACUGUCGCACGCCAGCUGUUUUUGAAGGGACGAAGGGUCCAUCUCCCCAAUCCGACGAGCUUCAUCCGGAGAGGUAACCAGGGGGAACUUCUCAAAAUAACCUCCAUCCCUGUAGCAAGGAGGUAAUACAAAGCCACGCUCGGGACCCAGGCUCGACGGCUCAUGGCGUCCCCCCUCGGUAGAACGAGAUCUCUUGGAAGCCCUCUCGUCCUCCUUCAUCCGAGGAGAACCUGCUGAGGCCGAGUUCUCUGCAGCACCGGUUCCCCGGUUCUUCUUCUUCUGAUUCCUCUUUGCAUCUAGAGCCAUCUUCAGGACCGUGUCCUCCUUCUCCGGCAUGGCAUCUGUAGCAACCUGCCCUAAAAAUAAAGAUUUUAGAGUUGCCACCUAUUCUGAAGGGCGAAUAGGAAACCCUACGCAGAUAUGAGAUUCGGGGUAAGUUAUUAUAAUCAGGUUAAGGGAAGGUGUUAGGCACCCUCAACCCUUUCCUAUUGGCUUUGAAUCUAGGGUAACAGGUUUUAUGGCUAGAAUAUUGAGGUUUAAUAGCUAAGAAAGUGAAUAGGGGAAAAAUUGAGAUUUUAGGGAAGGGGACUCGCCUUGGUUAUCCAAGUGCCUACGUAUCUCCUUAUGGAGAAUCAGAGUCAACGUAGUUCGGGCACAAGAUUGUACGCCUUAGAAUUUGAAUUGAAUGUAUUUGAAGUUGUUUUGAGGCUUUUUGAAUGGCCUAUCGUAGUUUGUAAAGUUGUGAUUUGAAAGGCUUUUUGAGUUGCCUGAUUGAAAAGGAUGAAAAUCCGUAGUACCGUGGUUUAGUGUGUUUUAGAUGUUUUGGCGUACAACCCUGGUUUGAUAUGGCACCGUUAGAUGCGGUGACCAAUAUAUUUGGUCAGUAUAGCUAACGGAUUAAGGGGCAUUGCUGGUUACUCAGAUCGAUAGAUUGAUCGUCGCGGGCAGCAAAUUAAAUGUGUUUUGAAUUUUAUGUAUUUUUAUCUCUCGUCUAAAGCGACUAAUAGCUUUAGUCGGGUCGAGGAGAGAAUUAAUAAAGGGUUAAUUACAUUAUUUUAUUUUUUUAUCUCUCGUCUAGUGCGACUAAUAGCUUUAGUCGGGUCGAGGAGAGAAUUAUUCAAGAAUUAAUUAAAUUGAUAUUUUUACCCAAAUAAGCUUCCUAAGGUUUUUUAUGAUUUAUAAUGAUUAAAGUUGAUUAAAAUAAAUUAAAUCGAAAAAAUCGAGAUAAUCAGAAAAAUCCUAAUUAAUUAUAAUCCUACUCCUAAUUUAUUUUUUUAUCACAAUUCAAAAAAAUUACAUUAUAUACAUAACAAAAGCAAUUAAAAUUAAUAAUACAAUUCUACAAAAUAAAUAAAAAUAUUAAAUAAAACCUGGGUAUUAAUUCUGUGUAGUGAUUCCUUGAGGGUUCAUGGUGUGCUACUGCAUUCAGGUGCGUGAGAUCUACCAUGGGAGAGAUCUGAGGGUUGAUGCGUGGGGCUUACCGUGGUCUCGCGUGAGACGCUUGCACUGGAUCAGCGAAAACCAAGAGGUGGUAAAAGAAUUUGGCAGCGCUGGGGAUCGAACUGGGGUCUGCAUGGUUAUCCUCAUAUCUUCUUUGCCAUU